AUGCCAGUCGAUCCUACUCAUGCUUUCAUUGCUUCUUUUGCUGCCUUCUUCAUAUCCAAAUAUGUUGUCAAUUCUGGUGGUGCUGUUCUGUUAAAGUGUCUUAACGAAGUAUUGGCACACUUUGGACAGUCUUUCCGUCUUCCCCUCAGUAUAAACGGUGUCAACUUUAUGACCGGUCUCAGCGAUGUGACUCGAGGUGUCCAGCGGUUUGUUGCAUGUGGCAAUUUGCACUGUCAUCGAUCCGAUGCACAACCUGUACCUUGGAAAGCAAAGAGGAUAAUGGAGAAAUGGAGAUCUUCAGGUCUCAUCACAGAUGCACACUUGGCUGAAAUGCAGUUGGAUGCUGACAAGCUUGUACUGCCAGAGGACUACACGCCAUUAGGGACAAAGAUCGGGCGUGGCUUCCCAUUCAUGAAGGCUGACGAGUGGAAGUCUUGGUGCUUGGUGUACUCUCCUGUUCUCCUGCGUGGUCGUCUACCUGAAGCUCAUCUCGGUAACUGGACAGCGUUUGUCAAUGCAUGCCAGUACCUCUCAAUGCCAAGCAUAUCCAUGGCUCACCUUGAUGAAGCCCAUCAAUCUUUGGAGGCUUCCUGCAGAGAGUGCGAGAAGUUGUAUAAAGCCCCAUUCCUUUCGCCAAACAUGCAUCUCCAUCUUCAUCUGCAAGAGACUGUACUGAACUUUGGCCCGGUUUAUGGCUAUUGGCUUUUUAGUUUCAAAAGAUGCAAUGCCACUUCCACUUCCACUGCCACCUCAAUCCAAUUCGAUAUCAAUGCUUUUCUUGAUUCUCCUGAGAUCAACUUUGAUAUUGUCAAGGGAAAUGAGCCUUUGCCCCCUUCCGCACUUCCUUUAGCUCUAAAGGGGGAGAUUUCCAUGGAUGAAUCCGAGUAUGAGCAUUUGUUGGAAUACUAUCGCGAGACAUACAAUGAUCAAACUCUUGUUCAUUAUCGUCAUGCUGGUCAUUCCAAUAAUUUUGUUAACAAUCGGAUACAGAAGUUUGAAUCAAUCAAUCUUCUUGGGCAAAUCUACAAGAGCAAAAUGAAGAAUCAGCGUGGGUUGUUCAUGCAAGCCUUAUUUGAGACAAGUGAUGGUAGAAGUACCAAGCCAUACACAGGCCAAAUUCAGUAUCUCUUUGUCAAUACUGCUGUAAACUCGUUUGCUGGUCAUGCGAGCCAGCAUGUAUUUGCAUAUGUACGAUGGUACAAGGAAGUUUUACUUCAGCCCAGAGCAGGAGAAGGAGUUGAGGUGAAUGAGGUGGGGUUCGAAGAUGACAGCAUGAACAGCAUUCUCCCAGUGCAUAGAAUCUGCUAUGUAGUCGCAGUAGGCAAGCACCUUGGUCUAGAAGGCAAAGUUCAGAUGUGUGUAGUUCCUUUGCCACGAAAAAUUAAUAUUUAG